UAAAUUGAAAAACGUUUAUUACAAGAUUUAAACGAUCGUUAAAUAGUUUGUAUUUUAAUUAUUGAAAUGUAGAGAUCCCUAAAUGACGUGCAGGGAACUUUUCAAGGUAGCAUUGGCAAAGAAAAGUGGUUUACAAGUGGUAGCGUGCGUCGGGGAAACUCUGGCCGAACGAGAAGCCGGUAAAACUAUGGCUGUUGUAAUUAAACAAAUCAACGCUAUAGAAUCUCAGCUGAAGGGUAACUGGACGAAUGUAAUAUUAGCAUAUGAGCCAGUAUGGGCCAUUGGUACAGGCAAAACUGCUACUCCCGAACAGGCUCAAACUGUACAUGAAAAUAUCAGAUGCUUCUUCAAAGACUGUAUCUCCUUUAAUGUAGCUGAAGGUAAAUUUCCUAAUUUGAAUAUCACAACUAUUUAUCUACAACACUCAAUGGUGGUCACAAUUUUUUGCCCACCCCAUAAUCCAUUCAGUAAAUCUCGAAAUAAUACAUUGUUGUCCUAUACAUCAAAAAUAAUAAUGUUAAUUAUUCGUUUAUUUUAUACGAGAGCGUGUUUAUAUUUUGUGGGUGAGUACGACAAGUUGAAACUUGCAAGUACCGAUUGAUUUGUUUGUUUAACCAAUUCAAUAUGGAGAGAGUGCAGGCGCGCUCUUCUAUUCCUUAUCCAUUGACGGUGCGCGUCCCGGCACGCUCGUUUUCCUCCCCUUUACAACUGGACACCAAAGUAUCCGCUACAACCAAAGGACUCAGCUUUGUACUCCCAUGAUUCUUGAAGAAAUAGUGUAUGA